CGUGACGCUGGAUCAUUCAUCACACGCGUUGAUGGGAUUCGGUUUCAACUGGAUGAGGUGAACGGUCGAAAACACGUGACCUUUCAUCACCGUCAGCCAAUGAGAGAGCCCGUCUGCCGUCAGCCGCGCUUUAAAAACCGCUCCGUUGUAAACAAUGAAAAUCAAUCGUCUCAUCUGCCAGUGGAAUGAUGUUGUUUGCCUCAGUCCUCGCGCUCUUUAUGAGUGUAGCGUUUGCUGCACCAACUUUAGACCAGCAGUUAGAUGACCACUGGCACGUAUGGAAGAGCUGGCAUGGAAAAAAUUACCACGAGAAAGAAGAGGGCUGGAGGAGAAUGGUGUGGGAGAAGAACUUCAGAAAAGUUGAGCUUCACAAUCUCGAGCAUUCUAUGGGCAAACACGCUUUCAGACUAGGCAUGAACCAGUUUGGGGACCUGACAAAUGAGGAGUUCAGAUUGGCAGUGAAUGGUUAUAAGCCGAACCCCAGACGGAAAUCGCAGGGCUCCCUGUUCAUGGAGCCCAGCUUCUUUGAAGCACCCCAACAGGUUGACUGGAGAGAGAAGGGCUAUGUAACUCCUGUUAAAGACCAGGGAAGGUGUGGCUCUUGCUGGGCCUUCAGCUCUACAGGGGCCUUAGAGGGCCAGCUGUUCCGUAAAACUGGUAAACUGGUGUCUUUGAGCGAGCAGAACUUUGUGGACUGUUCUAGGCCAGAGGGAAAUCAUGGCUGCAACGGAGGCCUCAUGGACCAGGCCUUCCAGUAUGUUCUGGACAACAAUGGGCUGGAUUCCGAGGAGUCUUAUCCCUACCUUGCAAAAGAUAAUCAACCAUGCCGCUAUGACCCCAGAUACAAUGCUGCAAAUGACACUGGUUUUGUGGACAUUCCCAGUGGUAAAGAACAUGCUCUGAUGAAGGCUGUUGCUUCUGUGGGUCCAGUUGCUGUUGCUAUUGAUGCUGCUCAUCAAUCCUUUCAGUUCUAUCAGUCUGGUAUCUAUUAUGAAAAAGAGUGCAGCAGUGAAGAGCUUGAUCAUGGAGUGUUGGUAGUUGGUUAUGGAUAUGAGGGUCAAGAUGUUGUCGGGAAAAGAUAUUGGAUUGUCAAGAACAGCUGGACUGAGAAGUGGGGAAACAACGGCUACAUCUACAUUGCUAAAGAUCGAAAGAACCACUGUGGAAUUGCAACAGCAGCCAGCUAUCCUCUCAUGUAAUGCCACUGGACUGUUCUCUGCAUUCUGGAUGUCACAAGACUGACCGUCCUACUUUUUUAUUUUAUUUUAUUUUUAGGCGUUUUAAUUUGUGUUUUUAGAUUGCCGUUUGAGUUUCACUGUAUUUCCUUUGAACAGUCUUUUUAGACUCACUUUAGACUGGCAUACUACCUUAUAUAUUUGUAGGCGGUAUAUUUCUAUCAAGGUUUUGAAACUUGUAAACUGAUCAGUGCAUUACGUUUUCACUGAAAAGUGAAAUCCAUUUUAUGAGGUUUUAAUAUUUUUUUGUAUUACAGGUCUAAUGUAAGAACCAUGUUUACAAAAAUGGACUUCUGUGAGCUUUUUGACUUGUAACUAUUAAAAAUAU